CCGGUGGUCACCCUCCUUUCCCCAUUCUUCCUCUCUCCCCCCCAAAACCCUACGCCCUGCCCCCACCAUGCCGAGCCUCGCCGCCGCCGCUGCCGCCCGCCGCGCCGGGGAGGCCCUUCGCCGCGGCGUCAUGGGAGGUAUGCGGUCCCUCUCCUCCUCUACAGCGUCGCCCGCGCCCGCCGCCGCCGCUGCCGCCGGCCCCGACAGCGACGAGGUGAUUGUGGAAGGCAAGGCCAGUGCCCGCGCCGCUGUGCUCAACCGCCCCGGCCAUCUCAAUGCCCUCACCACCACCAUGGGGGCUAGGCUGAAUAAGUUCUACGAGUCAUGGGAGGACAGCCCAGAUAUUGGUUUCGUCAUGAUGAAGGGCAGCGGCCGAGCAUUCUGUGCUGGUGGGGAUGUUGUUGGAUUGCACCAACUUAUCAGUGAAGGCAAGAUGGAUGAGGGUAAGGAUUUUUUCCGGACUUUGUACAGUUUCAUCUAUGUUCUAGGCACGUACUUGAAACCGCAUGUUGCCAUUCUUGAUGGUGUUACUAUGGGCGGCGGAGGAGGUGUUUCCAUUCCUGGAACAUUUCGCAUUGCCACUGACAGAACAGUGUUUGCCACUCCAGAAGUACAUAUUGGCUUCCAUCCUGAUGCUGCUGCCUCCUUUUAUUUGUCACAUCUAACUGGUCAUGUUGGAGAAUACCUGGCCUUGACCGGUGAAAGACUCAAUGGAGUUGAUAUGCUUGCACUUGGGCUUGCUACACACUAUUCCAUGAGUGAGCACCUUGAUCUGGUUGAUGAACGACUUGCGACAUUGGUCACUGAUGAUCCAUCUGUUAUUGAUACUUCUCUUGCACAAUAUGGGGACCUUGUUUAUCCAGACAAGAAAAGCAUUGUGCAUAGGCUGGAGGUUAUAGAUAAAUGCUUCAGCCAUGAAACAGUUGAAGAGAUUGUGGAUGCAUUGGAAGGUGAAGCGGCUAGGUUGAAUGAAGAAUGGUGUACGUUGGCAUUGAAACGAUUGAAAGAGGCCUCUCCACUUGCCUUGAAAGUCUCGCUGCGAUCGAUACGUGAAGGUAGAUAUCAGACACUUGAUGAAUGCCUUGUACGUGAAUACCGCAUGUCCAUCAAUGGAAUCUCAAAGCCAUUUUCUCAUGAAUUCUGUGAGGGUGUUAGAGCACGAUUAGUGGACAAGGACUUGGCUCCGAAGUGGGAUCCUCCAGCGCUUGAGUUCGUCUCGGAGGACAUGGUUGAUUCGUACUUCGCCCCUCUGGGGGAAUUCGAGCCUGAGCUUAAGCUACCUACUGAAUUACGAGAGGCAUUCAUUUAGUCGAAGAUGGUUUCAGUUCAGUCCUUCGUAUAGUCAGGAGAUGGUUGCAGGUAUCAGCUGUUGUUUGAGACGCUAUAGAUUUUUUAACCCAUCGAUUGCUAUGGUCAGCACAUAAUGAAACUAGGAUGCGCAACCCAUUCAUGUACCAUACACACCUUCGCUGGCUGUAUUAGGGAAUUUGAGCACAAGGAGAAACUCUUACUUUUCUUUUCUUCUUUAUCCAAUGCUAUAAAUCUCCAAGACCUCUGAAGACAGAUUGAGGUUUUCCCGUCUGCUGGCUAUGCGGCUGAUGGAAAUUAGGAGUUCCUGCUCGAAAAGGCAAGUAAUCACAAUGGAGUGCACUAACGUUUUGUUAAGAUGGUUACUGGACUUCAUUUUAAAGCCUAUCUCAGCUGAUUGUAAGCCUUUAUCUAAGUAAUAAAGAUGUCAGUACCGUUCUUCACUGUCA